UGGAACUGUGUGAAUCUGUCAUUGAAUAUUAUCAAAAUAUCAAAUGAAAUUUUAAUAUCACUAAAAUAGGCCCCGAACAAUUCCAUAUGUUUACAAUUAAACUCCAAAACACAAUAAAACAACUAAACAAAUUGCUGCCUACGUAAAAAUCUACAGGGAAGGGUAGGAAUUACGGAUUAAAGAGUGAAAAAUUGUGUUAAAGAUGUCAAAAAUUAAGAAGCUCACAGGCUCAUUUCGCUAUACACAAUGGGAUCCUUGCUUGAUUAUCUCGCAAAUAGUGGCUAUGCAGUCUGUUUUGUACUGCUCCUUAUGUCUCAUCGUUGCUCUUAUGCAAGAUUUGACGGGAUCCACAAGAACGCUUGAUCAUAUUUUUGAAUAUCAUGAGAUCCACGUAAGAGACAAUGAGGGUCGCUCGGUCAUAUUUGCAUUUGUGCUGAAUGCAAUUAUUGGAGCCUUCGUACUGUGGAUGGUUGUUGGCAGAACUAAACUGUGCUUGGACUUCAGUUGCACGUACCACGGGCUACACCUUAUCGCUUGCUGGCUAUACAACGGUUCGUUCCCAACCACCUUCUCCUGGUGGGCGCUCAGCGUAGCCUGUGCCUGCAUCACCUGCGUAGCCGGAGAGUUCCUCUGCCUCCGAACAGAACUCCAGGCCAUCCCGCUCAGUAAUAUUGGAGCUAAAGUGGAUUUAUGAAACUUGGGGAGUAAAUUACCCUUCGAUUUGCUGAUCGGACACUCUAUGUAAUUUAAAAGUGAGAGUUUAAGAUGUUGGUUACGUUUUUUUGGUGUAUGGAUGUAAUGUUUAUGUAUUAGUAGAACAAUUUUUUAAUAACUACUGACUGAUUUAAUGCUGUAUUUACUACUGUUUAUUGCAAUGGUAGAAACACAG